AUGUUGUUUGGUGUGAAGCUCCAAAAUGAAGUAUUUCCUCCAUGGAAAAACUACUACAUCGAUUAUGAUCAUUUGAAGAGGCUUUUGAAGGAAAACGUUAUCGAAUCCACUGAAAAUCAUCCGGGAUCCUCUUCAGCUAUGAGUGCAUGGUCUGAGAAAGAUGAGGCAGAGUUCGCUUCACAGUUGGACGCUGAAUUGGAAAAGGUGUACACUUUCCAAAUUUCUAAGUACAAAGAGCUCGACGAGGAAAUAUCCAAGCUGGAACUUCAAAGCGAGGAGUACUUGAAAAGCAUUUCCGAGAAAAAAAGCACCGAUCUUGACGCCAAGACAUUUCAGAAGAAGCUUGAGGAGCUUUUGUGGCUGGCAAAGGAACUAGAUCAUUUUGCAAGACUCAAUUUCACGGGUUUCAUUAAGAUUGUCAAAAAGCAUGACAGACUGCAUAAAGGCUACUCUGUGAAAGCAUUAUUGAACGUGCGAAUGAAGUCGUUGCCAUUGAAUAACAUCAGUGAGGAUACGUCUCCAUAUCUUUUCAGAAUCUCAACAUUGUACUCUUUUGUUAGAGACCAAAUGGGCUCAAGCUCAUUGUCGACCUCUCUUCAGAACUCAAUUCAAAAACUGUCAUCUUCUGGAAGAAUAUCUACCACUCCGAGCGCAUCGUUGAACAAUAUGGGCCAAAAGGAUUAUGGAUACAAAGUUCUCAAGUUCUGGAUCCAUCCUGAUAAUCUAAUGGAAAUCAAAACUACUAUUUUGAGACACCUACCGGUCCUUAUAUAUACCAACCAGAAUGACGAUGAUGAUGACGAUUACAGUGUGGACCCAAAAAUUACAUCUCUUUACUUCGAUAACAGACAGUUCGAAUUGUACAACAAUAAACUACUGAAGAAUUUAAACAAAACACCCUCGCUCAGGAUAAGAUGGUCAGGAAAACUAAGGGAUAACCCAGAACUCACGAUUGAGAAGAAGAUCUUUGACUACGACACUGGAACUUCUAAUGAUGUCCGUCUUUCAUUGAAGGAGAAGUACAUAGAUGAUUUCAUUUUCCAGAAAGAUGCCAAAGAUGAACAAGAGGACAUGGAGCUUCCAAACCGCCUGAAGAAAAAUGCCAAUACGAAAUUGACUCUGGACAAGUUUGUUAGGAGAUUGGAAAAGAAGGGCAUCUCAAAGGAAUCAAUUGAUAAGUUAUCUUCCAACUUCAAGGAAUUGCAACAGUUUAUUAGAGAGAACGAUUUGCAACCAACCUUGAGAACUGUUCACACCAGAACCGCCUUCCAAAUGCCAGGUGAUGACAGAGUCCGUAUUACAAUCGACUCUGAUAUUUUGUUCAUCAGAGAAGACUCUUUUGACCCUGAUAGACCGAUCAGAAACCCAAGCGAAUGGCAUAGAAUGGAUAUUGAUUCCGCAAUUGACAAUCCAUAUUCACUUUUGAGAAAGGGCGAGUACGCCAAAUUCCCUUAUUCCGUCAUGGAAAUCAAAUUGGCCAACUCAAUUUUUAAUAACCCUUCUUCCAGAACUCUCGCCUGGAUCAACGAUUUGACUAAUGGGCACCUAGUUAAGGAGGUUCCAAAUUUCUCAAAGUUCAUCCAAGGUAUCUCUUCUCUUUUCUUGGAAGAUGACAAUUUGGAUAUUCUUCCUUUUUGGCUUCCAGAGCUGGAAAAUGACAUUAGGAAAAACCCUGAACAAGCGUAUCAUGAUUCAAGGGAGAAGCAAAUAAGGCAGCAGCAACAGGAUGAGGUACUCAAGAAUCUAAAAAAGAAAGUUGGGGAAAGCCCUAAUCCUGUGACCAAUACGGGAACGGUGCAUUUGGAUCAAAUUGUUGAAGAGGAAGAGGAUUUGGACGAUAAUGAAUCUUCCGACGAGGAGUCUGCCACUGAUGUGAGCCCCUCGGGGAAAUCUACUUCCAAUAUGGUUUUAGGUUCAAAUACUUUGAUGACAUCUGGUGCUCCAUCUGAAUCUAAGAGUCUUGUUGAACCCCCAAAAAAGAAAAUGUUGAAUGUUGCUUCCUAUUUCAUACCUGUGUUUUCAAAGGCCUCCAAACUAGAAGGAUACGAGUCUGAAGACGAAGAGAUUGUUUUGCCACCGGGAGUGGUGAAGCCAAAAACUCUUAUCAAGCAGUCGGGUCCAAUUAAAGUGGAAGCCAAAGUUUGGCUGGCUAACGAGCGCACAUUUGUUCGAUGGUUGCACAUUACUACCUUGCUUUCGGCAUUGACAUUCACGAUAUACGCAUCUGUGUCUUCCUCACACAUCCCGGUUGUCGCCACCAACAUUGCGUACAUCUAUUUUGCGCUAACCCUCUUUUCUGGAGCUUGGGCCUACGCUAUUUACAUGAAGAGACUGGAGUUGAUCAAGCUCAGAUCUGGAAGACAUUUGGAUGGUGUUUUUGGUCCACUAGUCGUAGCACUGGUGCUGAUUUUCAGUUUGUGUCUUGAAUACUAUGCUGGUGUGAAGAAAUACAACGAAAAACACUCUCUGCUCACCAGUGAAGGCUUAUUCACUUCUACCAAUGAUGAAGUGAAUGCUCUACAUCCAGUAGCAAGACUCAUUUUACAGAAAAUUGUCUCCUUUGUUAAUUCUAUAUAG